AUGCUUCGACAGGUUUAUGCAUCUUUGGCCGCAUGCGGCGAGCUGGCAGCAGCAGCUGCAGCGCAGGCGGGUGCUGCGCAGGUAGCCAGUGAAGCCUAUGCGUUGGAUCAAAGCGGCACAGCCGGCAAGCACCUCGUGAAUUCUGCGCUGAAGACUUCCCAAGCCCUCACGGAGGCGGGCGUCCCUUGCACGGAGCUGGACGAACUGCUGGCAGUGCUGCGGCGCAAUGCGCACAGUCCAGAAUUACAGGUGAUGGCCUGCAAGGCUGUGCAUGGCCACCUCAAGACGAACGGCAACAGAAUUAGCCAAAGGGCUGCGACAGAUGUGUUGACUGCCGUUCUGGCUGGCAUAGAGGAGCAUGCGGCGCACUUGGAGCUGCAGUUGACAGCCUCAAGAUUGCUCGCAGAUGUAUUGGCAUCGGCGGCACCUGGCGCAGCCUACGAACCGCUGGCAGCCAAAGCUGCUGCUACAGUACUACAAGCAUGUAUCCGUUUUGCUCGGGGCGGCGACGUGUGUGAGAAGCUGCAACAGGCAUUCGUUCGCAUCAGCGCAGACUUGCCAGCGGAGGCUGCACAGGACAUUCUCAAGUCUCAUGGGCCCGACUCAGAGCCUUUGCAUUGGGUGAAAGCAGCCAGCAUGUCCCAGGGAAGCCCCUCUUUGCAGAAGAACAUCUUCCGGUGCGCAAGCAGGCUAUUGAAUCAAGGCUUUGGCCCAACGCUGGCAGAGAUGGGGGCUGCCGAGCUGGUCGUCGAGGCUAUGCGCCGUUACCCUUUGGAUGUCGGCCUCCAGAGAGCCGCGUGCGAGGUGCUGGCAGGAAUUGCAUGGUGCGACACUGACUGUGCUGUCCGUGCUGGAGGACUGGAAGCCACUAUGCAAGCCCUACGACUUCACCAACCGUAUGCAUGGGUCUGUAUGGCUGCUUUACAGUCACUGCUGGUUAUCUGCAUGAAGCACAAGCAGGAGCUCCCACACCUGGCCGAUUUGUGGGAUUUGACGAUGGGAGCCUUGCGUCAACAUCCCAAAAGCCAACGCGUAGUCCAAACUGCGAAUGACGUGCUGCAGGCCCUGUCCAGUUCUGAAAAGAAGCAGGAGCUCUACCUUCUGAACCAGUCUGGCAACAGCGUCACGCGAAGCCCACGAAAGUCCUGGCAUGGCGGCCUGUCACCUGCAUGCGCCAAGUGCCAACAAGGAGACGUCAUGCAGAGCAGGUUCAGGUUGAACAGCAAAAAGAUCGGAGGCGGAUUGUGA